GUUUCUAAAAGCAAUGAUUUUAAGUCUUCGAAGAAGUUCAAGCGAAGCAAAACACCGACAACUCUCUUCAAAAAGCACUUCCCUCGCCGUGGUAAAAGUAAGAAAGGAAGCACUAAGAAUUCCCUUGAAAGAAUCACAAACUCAACGAGCGCAGUAGCGGCUUCGAAGCAAGCGUCUGAAAAAGCAUUCCAGCCACCGCUGGGUGAGCAACCGCAGGCACUGCACAACAACCAGUGGUGGCGGAGGCAACAGCACAAAGCGAUCAGCAGCGGCUCCGACGAGCAGGCUGCAACGUGCUGCAGUGUCUCAGGUAUAGCUGUUCAGUGCGUUCAGGACGGAAGAACAGUACAAAUGGAAGAUCAUAGACAGGCUAUAGAACUAGCUCUGGAUACAAAACCUGGAACCGUCCCAGCCACGGCUUCGUUUCAUGCUACCGCUUCGCAUGUACCGAGAAGCACAUCUCGUAGUCGUCGUCGUUCCACUUCUCGUUCAACGUCACGCGUACAGAUCCCUGGUCACAAACUGCAUCUGAUUGCACCUCUUAUUCGUAUAGCUGUUUUAUGCAGCAGAAUCAGCACUGAGUUUUCGGAUCAAUCCACUGAAGCGUGCUUCAGAUUCGCUCGCAGCAAAGCGUUCAAGUCGAUCGAGAGAGUUCCUCCAGCUGUAGUGAAUGUCAAGACGAUGGACGAUGAUGGGUUCCAAGAAGAGAAAACCACACAAAAUGUUCUCAUUGGAAACAAGAUGAUCAUCGUCGAAAGAAGAUCAUGCCUUUUGGUAUAUAUUUAUGACUAA